AUGGAUUCAUCAUCAUCAGCAACACCACUUUGGAGGCAAGGACCAGCAGAGAAGCCAGUGUUAUGCAAUGCAUGUGGAUCAAGAUACAGACAUUGGGGAACACUUGAUAACUAUCUUCCUAAACAUUCUAUUGGAAAAGAUCUUGUUGUUCCUCACCCCAUCAUCUGUACAAACAACCAUCACCAUCCUUCAACCGAUCUUCCGGAUUCAAAUGAUGGUGAAAGUAGUUCAAGUUUAUGGGCGUCUACAAUUCCUUCAAAGAAACGUACAAGGAGGGGGGUGUAUAAGAGGCUAACACCAAUGGAGAGGUUUCAAAAGCAACUUUUGGAUGAGUUGAAACUUCAAGGGAUACCAAAUGAACCAUCUCCAGAAGAGGUUUUAUUGUUUCAAAACGUCAACAGCUUCAUACCUUCAAAUGAAAUUGGUCUUGGAGGCAUUCUUCUUGAACGAGAUGGUACUUCUAUUUAA